AUGCUCAGAGGGAUAGAGGAAGAGAAGGUCGGAGUGCAUCGUAUGGACUGGACCGAGAUGUUCCAAGGCUUCAAUCUACGUCGCACAUUACUUUGCUACGCUACGGUUGCGGUUGCGACUCAAUCGGCGUCAGACGUCUGGUUCCUUGUGGCGUAUCAAAUAUACUUCCUGCAGUAA